UUUUCGCCUUGCUACUGAAGAAACCAGAAUUAGUGUAUGCAGAUGGCAAACCAAAGACAACAGCAAUUACUAUUUUCCACCAUUGUCCUCAUAUUUGUUGGGCAUGUAAACACAUCGGUGUAUACUCCAUCAACCGUAGCUCCUCUUUUCCAUAGGCCUUUUGUGCUGUUGUGGAAUGCUCCUAUUUCUAAAUGCCAUCAACUGAAGGUCCCUCUUGAUUUAUCGCUUUUCCAAGCAGUUACAACUCCUGCCAGGGUACACAAUCAAUCCUUAAGCCUGUUCUACAAAACUCGACUUGGGCUCUUUCCCUAUGUGGACCUGCACUCCAUGAAAGAAUAUAAUGGUGGCAUCCCACAGAGGGGAAACCUGUCUGCUAGUUUGGAAAAAGCAAAGGAAGAGUUUCUCCAGUUCAUUCCCGACUCAUCCUCUGGUUUGGCAGUCAUGGACUGGGAAGAGUGGCUUCCGAUAUUUGACCGGAAUUUCGAUUUAAAGAAGAUCUACAUGGAACUUUCCAUUAACUACACUCUUGAGCAAAACUCUUCUCUCAGCCCGCAACAGGCAGCCACUGAAGCCAAACAACAGUUCCAGAAGGAAGCCAGGCGAUUCAUGGAGGAAACUCUAAAGAAAGGAAUCAACCUUCGACCUAGGUAUCUGUGGGGCUACUAUCUGUUCCCAGAUUGCUAUAACUAUGGAUUUGAUGAGUCAAACUAUACAGGCACUUGUUCAGAGUAUACAAAACAAUUGAACAAUGAGCUGCUUUGGCUGUGGGAGGUUAGCACUGCUCUUUACCCAUCAGCAUAUUUACCAGUCUCAAAGAGUGGAAGCAAAAGUGCUGCACUGUUUGUCCGUCAUCAGGUCGAAGAGGCAAUGAGAGUGGCAUCCCUGCCGAAACAUGUCCACACUGCACCAGUCUAUGUCUACUUACGGCCUCUUUUAACCAACCAAAAAAAGCUUUACAUGAAUGAGAUUGACUUGGUCAGCAGUAUAGGUGAGAGUGCAGCUCUGGGGGCUUCUGGAGCUGUGCUGUGGGGGUCUAGUGCUGAUUACAAUGACAAGACCUCAUGCGAAGCAUUGUCUGCAUACCUGUCUGAUAAAUUAAACCCCUACAUCCUCAAUGUCACCACUGCAGCACAUUUAUGCAGCAAAAAUCUCUGUCAAGGCGAGGGGCGAUGUGUUCGAAAAAACAACAACUCAGAUGAUUUCCUCCACAUUAGUUCAGAAAGCCAUCACAUCGGUAGGAACGCUGGGAAAUAUGUAGUCACAGGGACCCCUUCUGCAAGUGAUCUCGCUGACUGGAAAAGCAAAUUCACCUGCCAGUGCUAUGAAGACAGGAACUGCACAGCCACAAUGCCCUCUUUUUAACAGAAACUGUUUCAGGAAACUGAUACAUCUUCACUAAAAUUAAUUGAAUAUAACCUAUGAUAAUAACCUUGUUUUCCAAAUUAAAAGUUCUAUCUUGUUCUGUACAAUAAUUAAAAUGUUGGAAGAGCAAAA